AUGGAUCCCGUUCAAAGGAACAUCGUCGCAACGGAGAAUCUUCUCGAAGCUUUACACAAGGUUUGUUGAAUUGUUCCCUUUUCGUGUUCAAUCCGAGUUAAUAAUCCUUAAAUUUAGGCUCAAUUCAAGGAGAUAUUGUUUUUGUCUGUUAUUUCAAAAGCGAUUUUCUUCCUAGAUGGUAAAUUCAGGGAAUAUUGGUCCCAAAAAAGCAAUUUUUCCUGGUUUUAAGCUUGUUAAAAUAAUUCUUAUUUUUAAUUGGAGAUCUGAAUUAGGUGAAACUGAUUUAUCAAAAUCAAAUUGGAAGUGGAAAUUCUCCUUCUGACUAAUUAAAAAAAAAUUGAGCAGAAAUUACAUUCGAUUCUCUACUGAAAAGUUGGAGAGCUUUCGAAACCGUUUCCAAAAUUUCCACUCAACGCAAAACUUUUUUCAGAAAAAUUGCUCAAAAUUUGAAGUUCUUAGUUUCGUACAAAACUUCGCAGAUUUAGUUUUAUGAGGUUUUUUUUUUCUCGAGACUUGAGUAUUACGAUCGUUAAACUGAGUUUGAUGUGAGAGAUCUGCGAUACGUUUUUGGCUAUAACUAAGAAGUCUAACGAGAUUUUCGCAUAAGACAAAUGGAUGUCCGUUUUACUCUAUUACAAGCUCGAUCUUUCCUUUUUAUUAUCCGGAGAGCGUUUUCAAAAAAAAAAUUUGCAAAAAAUCAGUCUGAUAUUUGAUAAAGUAAUUAAAAUGAGCCAUUCGUUCAAAAACUCAAAAUUUGAAAAGAAGUCUUCAUACAAAACCGCCCCUUGAACUAGAUACAAGGUGAUAACUUUUAUUUAUUCAAAUAAAAUCUCGAAAGAGUUCUCAUCGUGAAAGAGAUGCAAACCUACAAACUGAAGGCGACUUUUCAAUAUACCAACCUAUUUAUUCCGUUUCGAAACAGCUUCGGUUAGGUUCAACUACUGUCUUCCGAAAAAGCUGCGAUUCAACUGUAUCUGCUUAGGACUCGUCGCUGCUCGACGACGACGGCUUCAUGCAGCGACUGGCUUUGCUCCGGGCGAAGCACGAGCAGACGACGCGAAUUCUGAAGCGAGAGAUCGGACUCUCUGCCAGUUACGGCCCGGAGACAUGGUCUCAUCGGGGCUGCGAGCCCUAUCAUUCGCGCAUUUCUACGGCGACCACUGGCAGGACCUUCGUCGUCGCUGAAGGACGUCGACGUCGCAGCGAGGAGGAGGAAGAGGACGUUAGCCGGUUGGAAGAUUUCGCGACGUCGUCUCACGUCGUGGAAGAACAGUACUUUGACGAUCUCACCUCCAUCGGCAGCGUUGCUGAUUUCGCGUCGAACUACGGUUAGGUUCACGAUGUUUAAAGUCUGAUCAGAAACAUUCGUGCAGUCUAAAAGGCACAGUUUUUAUGAAGAUCUUAAGUCCAAAAAGCGGUUCGUUUUUGGUUAUUUUGAUUUUUCAAAGCAUCUUAGCCGGUAAAUACAAUACAAAUGUUUCUCAGCAUAUGGAUUUUCUUAAGUUUGUUGGCUACUGUGAAUGAGCUUCACUUUUGCAUGGACCCAUUCUAGAUGAACUUUUUCCGUCAGAAGAUCAACUGCAGCUUUAAAAUAAUUGUUUCCCAUUGAAAGCUUGAAGCUAAGACAACCCGUUGAGUUGCGGAUCUUCUUCACUUAUUACUUCUUUUUAAAGUACAAAUCAGAACAUUUAGAACCGCCUACACGAAUCGAGUACAUGCAGAAAAGCUACGAAGAAGAAAAAGAAGAGAAGAAAGGAAAUUCGGAGCAAAAGAAGACCCGAAUUUCAGGUUUGAUACUAUAGUUGAUUUUGGCCCCUUUUAGACUUAGAAAAACGUCACAUAUUGUUGAAAACACACUUUUCAAAUUUCCGAAAAAAUGACCGGAUUUUUUGGUCCAUCAUUCAUAAUAUUUGUAAGGUAUGAGCCAAAAAACUUCUCAAAGAACUAAAGUAGGCACUCAAGAGCCGAAAGAAUGUGGAAACUUAAAAAUUUUUUUUCACUUGUGAGCCAAACUUUUCAAGAAAACUACUCGGGACAGUGACCGUAUAAGAACUAAGCAGAGUGCUUUUCAUUUUUCAUUUUCUGUUUUUUUUAAGUUGGAAAAUCUUGAGUGAAACUUUACUUUGAAGUUGUGAAGCCGCGAGCGAAAAGCCGUUCUACCACCGACCUAAGCACUAAAGCUUCGACCCGACAAGACUCGGCCCCGUCGAAUAAUCGUUCCAACGAGUUUUUUGUACCUCAGAUCACGUUGCCGCAACCUUUCAAGCUCAGUACAAGGUUAGUAAAAACAGUUCUAUCCUCAUAAUCAACACAUUAACUUAUUUGCUUCGAUGAUUCAAGCUUCUCAGAAAACCGCUUCCGAAUACCUACGCAAAAAAGUUCCUCGAUGAGAUGCUGAUCGAAAAAGAGAAGUCAGAACUGGCGAAAAACAAGCAACACGAAGGAUUACUGUUCGAAAUCCUCUUCUUUCAAAACAACAUACGGAUCAUCAGGUUCAAAGCGAAUCCAGUCCCGCCCACGACCUACAAAUCGACGAAUCCGCUGGUCAACGACGAGAAAUACGUGAACGCGAUGCGGCGGAAAGUGGCGUCGAUCGCUCAGAGAAGAUUCCAGCAAAACUCCCUCGGCAGGUCCAAAAGCGAGGGAUCCUUGGCUGGUUCGUCAUGUGAGAAAAAAACGUUUGAAUUCUCAAUUCAUAUUUUCGAGAUAACUGAAGAGUCUUCAGAACCAUAG